ACCUUUAAUAAAGUUUCAUAUUUAUGUGUAAGAAUUUAUAACUUCAUAACAGUUUCUCCUUUCUCUAUUUCAUUUUAUCCGGACGAAAUUAUUGAUUUUAUAUUAUAUGAAAUAAAAGUUUAUUUUUAAAACUACUUUUUAAGAACUCAAAUUUCACCUUAUUACAUACAAAUACGUUAAAUUAAUAUGUCUGUCAGAAAAAUUUUUUCAUUGGUCUUCAUUAGAAAUCCAACAGAAGUUUUAUUAGGUUUAAAAAAACGAGGAUUUGGAAAAGAUAAGUGGAAUGGUUUUGGCGGUAAGGUGGAAUCAGGAGAAACAAUUGUUCAAGGAGCUGAGCGUGAACUGAAAGAAGAAUGUGGUUUAUCUGCAAAAGAUUUAAAGAGAAUUGGUGUUUUAGAAUUCGAAUUUGAGGGAAAUGAAGUCUUAUUAGAAGUUCAUGUUUUUGAGACAUAUAAUUAUUGGGGAAAAAUAAUAGAAUCUGAAGAAAUGCAACCAAAGUGGUAUAACUUAAAAGAUAUUCCUUUUAAACAAAUGUGGCCGGAUGAUCAAUAUUGGUUCCCUUACAUGUUAAAAGGGAAAUUGUUCAAAGGAUACUUUUUGUACCGUGGUCAGGACCUAAUUCUUAAAUAUAAUAUUGAAACUGUGGAAGAAUUACCAAUAGUAGAUGUUUCUUAACUACAUUCAUUAACAUUCAUAGGUUUCAUUUACAACUUUCAUACAUUCAUUUACAUAUUAUUAAUUUUAAUUAUUAUUAAAAACUUCAUUUUUACAUUUUCAUAAUUAUAAUAAAGUUUGGCUUUUCAUUAACUGAAUAACCGUAUGAGUACUGAAACUAUUUUGAAAUUAUUAUUACUUUUUAAUACUUUAUAAUUUUGGAUUUUACAGAAAAAGAUAUUGAAACAAAAAUUACACAAAUAUAUGUAAUCUACAUUCAUUAUACUUCUAUCUUAAUGUCAAGUAAAAACAUACAUACUGAA